GAAUAUAUCACGUUCAAUCAGUGCAAACACUUGAAUUGAGACAAGAUUUUGUUGUCGUCCAGAUUCAAGAAUGAAGCUAAAACCCUUACUUUGUUUGAUGUGUUUUUCACUCCUUUAUCGUAUGGACAGUACUCUUGAAGUUUGUCCUUCUGACUGCACAUGUGGAUACAGGGACGGGAUACUGAAUUAUAAGAGCGUAGCAUGUCAUAACAAGAGAUCUGUUCCUGUUGGUAUUCCAAAAGACGCAAAUAUUCUAAAUCUUUUUGCAAAUCAAUUAGAAUAUCUUGGUCCCGGGAUGUUGACUGACCUAACCUUGCUUCAGCAACUAAACGUCUCACGCAACCUUAUYGGAACUAUCUACCCAGGAGCAUUCUACGGACUCUUCGAUCUUUAUCUCUUGGACAUGAGGUUAAACAAAAUAACUCAUCUUGAAGUAGGAGCGCUCAGUGGACCARCAAAUCUCAAAACAAUCUACCUAGCUCAAAACUUCAUAUCUACUCUGAAAGCCGACACAUUCAAGGGAUUAUCCAGACUUUCUGCAAUGAAUAUUUCAGUGAAUUACAUAAGCACGAUCGAGUACGGUGCUUUCAGAGGUCUCUUUUUUCUACGAUACUUGAACAUCCGAAUGAAUCGACUAGUACGUCUGCCACAAGCAGCCUUCAAUCACACAAGAUAUUUGGAAAAACUACUCUUGAACCAAAAUCUCUUGGUGGAAGUCGGAGAUAACUACUUUGCAGGACUAUCGAGACUAAAAUAUCUGUAUCUUUCCCAAAACUACAUUGAGAAGAUCUCUCUGAAAGCAUUCAAGGGACUUAGCAGUCUACGAAAGCUAUACCUCAGUCGCAACAGAAUCAAAGUGAUAUCAAACGGUUUUUUUGAAGGAAUGCCAAGAUUGUCUUACCUCAAUUUGCUCGAUAAUUCGAUUGUUACCAUCGAAGCAGAAGCCUUUAUGCCGCUCAGAGCACUAUCAAGCUUAUUGCUAGAUUGUAACUACAUGGCGUCAUUUGAGCCAGAUCUUUUUAAGAACACCAUUUAUCUUCGGACUCUAACAAUAACGUUCAACAGUUUUAAACGGCUUCAAGUGAAUUCUUUGAAUGGAUUAAAACGCAUUACGACCUUGUCACUGCGCUUCAACCAGAUAAGCGAGAUUGACCCUGGUGCGUUCAACAAAACCAUAUAUCUACGAAGGCUCUAUUUGGAUGAAAAUCUGUUGCGGUCCCUAAAGCCUGGGAUUUUUGAUGGCUUGUCAAACUUAGAAACACUCUAUCUUCAAGACUGUCAAAUUACAGACAUUGGCAUUGGAGUGUUUAAAGACUUGGUUGGAUUACUUCACCUGACAUNAGGAUAUGUCAAUGAAGAAAACAUAAGUUUCAAGAUUGCACCAGUAGAAUUAUAUUUGGCCAAUAGCGUUCAACAUCUCAGUCCAGAUUCAUUUAUGGGACUAUCGAAUCUAAAACUUCUGUACUUAGCUCACAGUAGUAUUAAAGUCCUAGGACCUAACUCUUUCAGGGAGUUAUCGAGCUUAAUAGAAUUGGAUCUGUCUUACUCUAACAUAGAAGACAUUGCACCGCAAGCAUUCACAGGCUUGGAUGGAAGCAUUCUSUAA